UUUGUGUGUGUCAGGAGUGUGGCUGACGGGGCGUGAGUGUCACAUGUCACAGGCGGCAGUUUGACACCUCCGGUAGAAAUAAACACAGACGGCAGCUGAACGGCUCUGGACCGGCAGGAGACGUACGGCGAUGGCGAGUGGGGACAGCCAGGCAACUUUCGAGUCAUGGCUCAAUCAGGCCACAGACCCAAAUAAUCAGGAGGACAGAUGGGACUGCAUUCAGGGCUUCUACGAGCUUAUCAACCAGGAGACUAACGGGCCACAAAUAGCCAUUCGUCUUCUUGCACAUAAAAUCCAGUCGCCAGAGGAGAAACAGGCUCUGCAGGCUCUCACAGUUCUCGAGGCAUGUAUGAACAACUGUGGCAAGCGGUUCCACAGCGAGGCUGCCAAGUUUCGCUUUCUCAAUGAGCUCAUCAAAGUCUUAACACCAAAGUACUUUGGCUCGUGGACUCCACAGAAAGUCAAAGACAGGGUGACGGAGGUCCUCUACGGCUGGACGCUCUGGCUUAAAGAAGAACCUAAGAUUCAGGAAGCCUACAGCAUGCUCAAGAAACAGGGGAUUGUGAAGCACGAUCCCAAACUGCCGGACACGGUUAUAAUGGCUCCUCCACCACAGAGAGCCACAGAGUCGGUUUUUGACCAGGAGGACAAGGCCAAGCUGUUAGCCAGAUUGCUGAAAAGUGGCCGUCCUGAAGACCUGGAAACUGCAAACAGACUGAUUAAAAGCACCCUCAAAGAGGAGCAGGAAAAGGCUGAGAAACAGUCAAAGCGUGAGUCUACUCUGAAGGAUGUGGAGAGCAGCACCAAACAGCUCAGAGAGCUACUGGAAGAGCACGCUAUGACUGAAACUUCAUUACAGCCCAGCAGUGACAUGAAGACGCUGUAUGAGCGCUGCGACGGGAUGAGGCCCAGCCUGUUCCGGCUGGCCAGCGACACCAUGGACGAUGAUGCUGCUCUGGCACAGAUCCUGGCGGCUAACGAUGAGCUAACCCUCGUAGUGAAUGCCUACAAACUUCGUGUGGUGGGAAGCGAGUGUAACGGAGAACGAACAAGAAGUAAAAGUGAAGAAGUGACGAGUGAAACUGCUCCUACGAGCCGCAGAGAGGUAAAGAGCUACCACCUCAUCGAUCUUUCAGCGUUGGACUCUCCGCAGACUCACAGGAAAGCCGAUUCCCUGCCUGUGUUUGAAUCCUCCUCACCAGUCUUCACCUCUCAUCUGGACAGUGCCUUCAGCUCAGAAGCUGACCAGGGCUUGAGUGAGUUAGAUCUGCUGUCAAAACAACAGACUCAAGAGAAUCCAAAGUCCUAUUUUGAGGAGCUGAUGCAGUUAAAUGGAGACAUCUGUAAUGCUGAGCAGAGCAGAGGAGGGGACGUUUUGCUGAGAGCCCGUGGAUGUGGGGGCACCAGUGCUUUAUCUAAUGGAACAGACAUUCGGUCUCACCCUCAGAAUCAGCAGUUCAAGUGGUCAGAGAAACAAUCAAAUGAAGCGUCAGGGUCUCCAGUGAAGCUAGAGGACUCGUGUCCCCCACACUUACUGAAAAACGUCUUUGUUCCAAUGGAGAGCAUUAAAUCCAGCCAGCUGGAGCCAAUCACAUUAUACAACCGGGCCGGUUUCCACGUGUCUCUUCAUUUCGCUAGAAACUGUCCACCCGGUCAUCCAGGUGUCGCUGUGGUCGUCGUGUCUGCGGUGAACACAUCUGCGCUCGAUGUGAGGGACUUCCUGUUUCAAGCAGCUGUUCCAAAGACCAUGCUAGUGAAACUUCAACCUGCCUCGGGGACACACUUACCUCCUUACAGCCCUGUCCUGCCUCCGCCUGCUGUCUCUCAGGUCCUCCUCUUAGCUAAUCCUCAGAGGCGUAAAGUUCGCCUGCGCUACAAGCUCACGCUGACGCACGGAGACCAAAAUCGGAGCGAGACAGGAGAGAUCGACAAUUUUCCUGAGUGGACGUCUUUGACCGGCCACUGAAAACUCCAGAAAGUCAGAUUUGAACUCUGUGUCAGAUGUGAAAUUAACAUUUGAAGGUACCGAGAGUAAAGUGAACCCCGGGAGGAAGAAAAUAUCAACCAGAAGGUGGAGACGCUUUCACGUUUGGACACUUAAAGCAGAUCUUCAUGAAAAAACACCAAGCAAGUAUAUAUUUUUGAACAUCUUUGUUAGUUUUUUUUCAUUACAGAUUUGUCUGUAUUUUUUAUUUUUUUUUUACAAAGUAGCAACUGUGGUUCAUGCAAAGAAAAAUGACUGGCAUUAUUCCAAAAAAAAAAAAGAGUCCUGUUACUUCCACUUCUUUCAUGCCAUUAACUACUUAGACUCAGAGUCCAGUCAGAGCCUCACAGAUAGGAAACAGAAGUUGCUCUGCAAACGGUGAUGUAGUUGCUGCAGGGCUGCAAUUUAACUACAGAAUGGCAGGUACUCAGCAGCAGUGGCCCUCCUCCUAGCUGUCAAGUUUACACCUCCUAAUGAGCAGCAGAGGGAGGAGCUGUUAUCCUUUUAUUGUAAAACCCAAACAGCCCAACGCUUUAAAUAUUAGGUCAUUAACUACAUAUAACAGUUAUUACAGUGUUGUUGUUUCAGCCAGUGCAUGUGUGCCUUUAAGAAAAUCAAGUACAAUAAAAUGUGUGCCAAAAAGUUUAGAAUAAAGUAUUAUAUUAUUUAUUCUGAGAAUAGUUACGUUCUUUAAACUUUGGCGUUGCAGUUAGAAAAAUACAUUCAAAGUAUAAAGAUGUACGCGCGUGUGAUUAAAAAGGUGUUCAGGUGGGUCCGGCACAUUCCCAACUGCACCUGAUUCAGGUGUCAGACACUCUGCCGUUGUUUUAUUUCGUGCUGUUGUUGAGCCACUGUGGGAAUCCGGUGUAAGACGACAUGUUGCUGGUUUCAUGUCUGCAUUUAUUAAAUCUUUAUUUGUUCUUCUGCUUUUGUGACAUCAAAACUGUUGAAGUGCCUCAAGAUGGAAGAUGUUUUUUUUUUUGUUUUUUUUUAAAUGUGUAUUUAUCUUACACCUGUGAUUUCCUAAGGACUUAAAGUGGAGUUUUUAUUAAAGAGUGCUCAUUUUUAUGUUAACUGAAAGAUUCAAGCUAAAAGCACAAACAAAUGCAGCCAAGCUGGGCGCCAAUUUGACAGAACAUGGACAUAGAAAAAUAGUUACGCAAACAAAAACAUCUUUAAACAUGUUUUUUUUUCUGGCACAGGACAACAAAAACUGAUGAAUACACUUUAAAAUUACUUCUGCUAGCUUCACCAGUGUUGUAGCAUUUGUUAAGUAGCAUGCUCAUCAGUUGGGUUUUUUUUUUUUGGUCUUCAUGUUUCUUUGUGUGAAAAAGUCUGUUUGCAGUCUCUUUGCCUCCAGAUCGGAGGCUUUCUACAGCUUUAAGUCAACUUUAUGAGCCUCGCAGAAGAAAUUCAGGCUCAGCUUUACCUGCUUCCUCAUGUGUGACUGAGAUUGUACAGCUCCCAAACAGGAUCUGCUUGUCUGUCAUGUGUCAGUAUUAAGUUCUUCAAUAAAUUCCAAUU